AUGACUCAUUGCAAUCAUAUUGAACAAAUUAUUGGGGAUCCAAAAUUUAAAGACAAUGUAAUGAAAACAUUUAAUAUCACAAAAUAUAUCCUAUCACAUUCGUCUCAAAAUGAUAAGUUGAUGUAUACUAUGCGUUGUACAACAUGUAACGAAAUUAAUGCGGGAUCCAGCUUUAUAUGCUUGCAAUGUGAAUAUGUUGGUUGUUGGAACAACUCUCAUUUUAAAGAUCAUUCUAUUCUAAAGAACCAUAUAUUUGGUAUUAAUUCUAGUAAUCAGCUAUUAUAUUGUAUUAAAUGCCAAGAUUAUGUUUCUGAUGUCGAAAUGAUUAAUUCUUCUUUCCUAAACAAAUCCUGGGAUGAAAUCAAUAAAACUACGGAGAUUCCACAAGCAGAACGGAGAGAUGGUCUUUACGGAUUUGUUAAUAUGGGGUCAACAUGUUUCAUUAGUAGUGUCAUACAAUGUUUGAUCCAUAAUCCUUAUAUUGUAAAUUUUUCCAUGAGCCAACAACAUUAUAACAAAUGUCAAAUUAAAGAUCCUACUGGAUGUAUAUCAUGUGCCUUAGACGUCAUUAUAGCUGAAUCAUAUGGGAAUAUUGGGAAUAAGCAAUCAGAUAACAGCACCCCAGUGGAUCCACACGAAGGGUUUAUAUCAUUCUUAAAUUGUGCAUGGAAGAUAAAUCAGAAUUUCGCUGGUUAUUCACAACAGGAUGCUCAUGAAUUUCUACAAUUUCUAUUAAAUCAAAUUCACAAUGAUUACAAAAGGGUAGAACACCGUACUAGUUCUACUGGAGAGGGGUCUAGUUGUAAAUGUCUGAUACAUUCAAUGUUUCAGGGCGCUUUGAAAAGUUCCAUCGUAUGUUCUAAUUGUAAUGAUGAUUCAAAGACUAUUGUAGAUCCGUUCAUGGAUCUGUCAUUGGAUAUUAAGGAUAAAGCUACAUUAUACAAUUGUUUGGAUAGUUUCCACAAGAGAGAAAUAUUGAAUGAUUAUCAUUACCAUUGUCCACAAUGUAAUACAACCGAUGAUCCAGCAAAGCAAUUAACUAUUGAUAAACUUGGAUCCAUGUUAACGUUGCAGUUAAAGAGAUUCGAACAUUUACCUAAUGGUAAUAACGUAAAAUUGACAAAUUUUGUGGAGUAUCCGUUAUACUUAAAUGUAACUAAAUAUUGUGAUGAUGGUAAACUAGAUGAUUCUGCUAUGGCCAAAGAUAUUACCUACGAGUUGAUAGGGGUAGUUUCUCAUAAAGGCACUGUAAAUGAAGGUCAUUAUAUAUCCACUUUAAAAGUAAAUGAAGAUAAAUGGUUUAGAUUCAAUGAUUCCAUGGUUUCUGAAAUAUCCCAGGAACAAGCAUUAAAGGAUGAAGCUUACUUAUUAUUCUAUGUAAUUAAAGAAGUAAAAUAA